GACCCACUCCACUGUACUACUUCAAGUGUCUGUUAUCUAUUUCAAGUUUCCCGAGUGCUGACAUCUCAUUCCCAAAGACAAUAUCGGAAUGCCACAGAGGAAAGCCUGGUCCAGGGCGUCUGCACAGCUGGCGCUUAAUGCGCCGGAAAAUGGCACAGACAGCCCCCUCCUCUCCCCACGCCAGCGUCUCCCACGGGAGCUGUCCAUCUGGCACAGUCCGUAAAACUCACAGCCAGCGUCACGGCCUCACCAACGCGGGCUGGCGCCGCGGACACGAGGAGGGAGGGCGAGCCGAGAGCCUCCCAGCCCUCCACAGCUCAGGCACACAGCCGCCAGUGCAGAUCGCUCCUGCCCUGUCCGCUCACAGGGAGCGACUGGGCAGCCCUGCUGCUGGGAGAGCUGAGCCAGGAAGAUCCCCUCACUUUCUGGAUGUGAGAGAGUCUGUGUGUGUGAGAGUGAGUGUGAGUGUGUGAGUGUGUGUGAGAGUGUAAGUGUGUGUGAGUGUGUGUGUGUGAGAGUGAGUGUGAGUGUGUGAGUGUGUCUCUCUGCUCCAGCAGCUGCCCGGGGCAGCGGAAUUCCCAACGAAGGCGGAUGGAGGUACAGUAAAGCCUGCAAGGAGCUGCUGCAAGCCAAGUCCAGGAGAGGCCGAGACCGCUCCCCCGUUCGCAGUGGUAAGUCCGAGUGCCCGUGGGCCUGGUGCCCUGGGUCUGCUCUGGCUGUGUGCCUGAUUGCUGCCCAAUUAAGGCUCAGUGCCUUGAAGAGGACCAGGCUGGCAGCUCUUGCUCUUGUUCUGUUUCCUCCGCUGGAGAGCAAAGGAAAAUCUGACACGGAUGUAUGGGCCCAUGAAUGCAGCAUUUUCUGCUGCGAAACAGAGGGGCUGUUUGUGCUGCGCUGCGCCCCACUCAUUGUGAGUGUCCCCCCCACAGACACAGCGCAGUCGGGACAGAGCUGAAUGGCCCUGGAACAGUGGCGGUGUUUGUGCCCCAUGGCUGCCAGCAGCAGGGAGGGACAGUGACUCAUCCACUACGGGACAGACGUCCACGGAACACCGGACCCCCGAGACCCUUCCUUGUUCAGCUGCCACAGACUCACACGCAAGGCGGCGCGGACAAACUGCAGGCGCCAGUGUCUCCCGCUGUGGGGGAGGUCUGACGGGCGGUUCGCCCCGUCCCCCUGGACGUCGCUGGGUUUGGGGUGUCUGGUUCCUUUUGGAGUCUUUUCCCCGUCUGGCCCGGUGUCGGGGUGCAGAGGAGGAGCGGACAGCUCUCACCGAGCGCACCCCAGCGCAGCCCCUCCCUCGCAGACCGCCUGCAGGUCGGCUUCCUGCACGAGCCCCUGAUCUGACGCGUCGCCAGCGUGUGGCGGCUGUCCGUGUGACGUGUCCUGCAGCGUGCUGCUGCACAGGCAGGGCGGAUGUGUCCCAGGCAUGUCUCUGAAGAGGAUUCCCUUGAGUCCUUCAACAAAGGAAUGUUUGAAAUGGUUUUGGCUCAUCAACAUGCAGCUAAGAGCCCAAGUACCUUUCUUUGCACUGCUUUGCAAGCAGUUAAAUUCCAAAAUCCUGCAGCUGUUUGAGCAGAAGUGCAUCUCAACAGUGGUGCUGAAGGGCAGUGUGUCCUCUGUGUCACCAGACAGGAUCACUGCUGCCCUGGACACACGCUGAGCCGCACUGUACUGUGGCUCACUUUUCCACACUCCACUCAGGAUGUGGCUUCAGUCGACAUCACAGAACAAACUGGAGGCGUUCCAGCACCUUUGUUGCUUUUUGAAAGCCUCAUCCCUUUGAGGUCUGCUUGUUCCUCUGCCUGCUCGGCGGCUGCUUUCGAGGUCGAGGGGUGAAGACCCUGCCCCCCACCCCCACCCCCCCCGCAAGAGGGGAGGAGGAGGGUGCGGGGAGCGGCGCUUUAAGAGCGCGCGCGGAGCUGCCAGCCGAACUCACUUCCCUCUGGCGCGCGCCUGCCGCAAGGUGCACCCCGCCGCGCGCUCCCACCCUCCCGGCUCCGCGCGGACCAUGGCUCGGCACUGCGGCCAGCUGGCCACCCCCGUGCUGCUGCUGCUGGCGGGGGCCUUCGGCAUCAUGCUGCUGGCGAUCCCGACCCGGGACGUGGAGGAGCCCCCGGAUUACAUGUACGGCAUCGUGCUGGACGCAGGCUCCUCCCACACCGCCCUGUACAUCUACAAGUGGCCAGCGGACAAGGAGAACGGCACGGGCAUUGUGACACAGCACAGCGAAUGCCAUGUGGAAGGAGGUGGGAUCUCCAGUUACGCCAGUCAGCCAGGAGGUGCAGGAAAGAGCCUGGAGACGUGUCUCAAUCAGGCCAAGCAGGACGUCCCGCAGGGGAAGCAUGCCCAGACGCCCAUCUACCUUGGUGCUACUGCAGGCAUGAGACUGCUCAAUAUGUCCAGCCCUGAAGACUCGGAUCGCGUCCUGAUGGAGGUCAAGGAGAAAGUGUCGUCAUACCCCUUCAAAUUCCAGAGGGCGGAGAUCCUGACAGGACAGCUGGAGGGAGCGUAUGGCUGGGUGACCAUCAACUACCUGCUGGAGAACUUUAUCAAGUACGGAUUUGUGGGGCGCUGGCUGAGCCCGGGUCAGGGCACAGUGGGAGCGAUGGACUUCGGCGGGGCGUCGACGCAGAUCUCUUUCGUGACGCAGGAGAAGCUGGAGAGCCCGUUGGACAGCAUGACGCUGAGGCUGUACGGCCAGGAGUACCGGCUCUACACACACAGCUUCCUGUGCUACGGCCGGGACCAGGCGCUGCGCAAGGUGCUGGCCUCCAUGAUGCAGACCCAGAACUUCGUGGCGGAGGUCACCCACCCCUGCUACCCGGCGGGCCACAGCGUGGACGUGAAGCUGGGCCAGGUGUUCGACUCGCCCUGCACGCAGGGGCAGCGGCCCAGCCCGUACCGGCCGGACAGCGUGGUCAGGGUCCUGGGCUCGGGGAACUACGGGGAGUGUCGCAACGUCGUCUCGCAGAUCUUCAGCCUGCAGGACUGCCCCUUCUCUCGCUGCUCCUUCAACAGCGUCUUCCAGCCCCCGGUGUCCGGCAGGUUCCUGGCCUUCUCCGCGUUCUUCUACACUUCCAGCUUCCUCCAGCGGGCCACAGGCAUCUCCGUGAACUCCCCAGCCCAGAUGAAGAGCGCCGCACAAGCCGUCUGCGCCAUGACGUUCAAGCAGAUGCGGGAGAAGGUGCCGGACCAGGAGAAGCGCCUGCAGGACUACUGCACCAUCUCCGUGUUCAUCGAGGUGCUGAUGCUGGACGCCUACGGCUUCGACAACAGCACCUUCCCCCUGGUCUCCUUCCAGAAGCAGGUGGGCGACACUUCGAUCGGCUGGGCUCUGGGCUACAUGCUGAGCCUGAGCAGCCUGCUGCCGGAGGAGAGCCUGAGCGUCAGGAAGGCCCUGCGGCCGUGGGCCUGGGCAGUGCUGCUCCUCCUCUUCGUCCUGCUCCUCCUCCUCGCCCUGGUCCUGCUGCUGCUGCACCUCUGCCGCAGCAGGAAGAGCGGCGGAGCCAUCAUCUAGCAGCAGGCCUCCCUGGAGGGGCUCCCGAGGGACAGAGGGGUCAGGGGGGAGAGAGAGCUCGGGGUCUGCAGGGACCACUGGAGGAGGCUGCAGACAGCCCUGUCGUUGUUAAAACGGACACACAGACACCGCUCCGGCUCAGCUCGGCUUACCAGUGGCUCCCGGGGGCUCUGUGUUCACCUGGCUGGCUCCUGCAGGCUGCCAGAGCUCUCUCUCUCCCCAGUGUACUGUGUCCACAGGCACAGGGCUGCACAACAACCAAGACCUACUGUAUAUGCAUGUACGAAGCUUAAAAUAGCUCCCCCGAAUUUAAGCUACCUCUAAGUCCUUCUUCAAUUUUUGUAUUAGCAAUUUCCAAACUUAACGCAUCUGAUUUUUAAACCAGCUGGUUUUCUGCGUGGAGCAGUGCUGGAAACCCUGGCGGAGGAUACUCCUGGGCCGGACCAGCCGGACCUCACUCCACCUGCCCCUCUCCCAGCUCCUUCUCUUUUUGUAUUGUUUUCUGCACAAUAAAUUGAGAUUUUUUAAAGAA